AUGCACAUGACCAUUCACCAACUCCAGCUCCAAAAUCCAUCACAUCGGCUCACUGAGCAGCUUCUGAAGUGGGUGCUGUUCAAUAUACUCAGCGCUCUUUCGUUUCUACACGAUGAAGCCAAGGUCAUACACACAGAAUCAGAUAUCAAUCCAUCGAAUAUCAUGUUUACUGUCUCUGAUGCAUAUAUACUGUGGGAUUUCGAAAGAGCAGAAAUGAAUGAACCCUCCCCGGUGAAAGUCAUCGAUGACAUCCGGACAAUCUAUGGUUCUCGCAAGCUGGGUCUUCCCAAAGACGAUCUGUGGGGUCAGCCGGUCCUGUGUGAAUUCGGAGAAUCUCGAAUGGGGACCCAUCACAGGGGUCUUAUUCAACCGGAGCUGUAUCGUGUCACAGAAAUCUUGUUCGACAUGGAAUGGGACUCAAGCGUAGACGUCUUGAAUGUUGCCGUGCUGAUAUGGGACCUCUUCGAGAAACGACACUUAUUCCAUGCUGCGGGCGAAAACAAUGAGUCCUCAGCAACACAUCAUAUCGCCGAAAUGGUUGCAUAUCUCGGGCUACCAUCUCCGGAGUAUAUUCGGAGAAGCGAAGUCACGAAGAAUGUUUUCGAUGAACGCCGUUGCUGGAAACGUGCUGGGGAGGUGGACGUGCCGUUGCUAUCUCUUGAGCAAUCGGAGCAAGCUUUGGAUGGUGAAAAUAAAGAGCGGUUCCUCAAGUUCAUCAGAUCGAUGCUCAAAUGA